AAUUUGGGCCUGGCCCAAUUUGAUAACAUUUGAUAAACCCAACCCUAAGAGCUAAGAUUAGUUCAUCGCCAUUUGUUGUUCUUCGUCAUCGAUCUUCGCUGCGACUCUCUCUCCCUCUCGAAAUUCCCUUCUCUCCUCGAUUAAUUUCUCUCAGAUCAUGUUGACUGAAACUCCAUUUAGGCCAAGAGAGAAGCUUCUGGAGAAGCAGAGAUUGUUCCAGAGCAUCCAGAGGCACACUUACUUGAAAGGACCAAUGGACAAGAUCACUUCCGUUGCUAUUCCUAUUGCCUUGGCUGCAAGUUCUCUCUACAUGAUUGGAACAGGAAUCUACAACAUGUCUAAUGGAAUCGGCAAAAAGGAAUAAGCAGCUUGUUGGUUUUCCUUUUUUACUAUAUGUUUUUGGUUUCUCAAUGUAUCAGUGACUGCCAUAUGCAGUAGCAGACUAAGGUUGCACUGGUCUUUUUCUUGAAGCUGUUUAUUGCUUUUUGCCAAAUAAUUGCUUAGUUGCAGACAAUGUCAAAAGCUGAACAUGUUUGAUGUUAUAAAAGUUCCAAUAUUUU